CUGAGAACCCCGAGCCAAGCGGAAAGUAUCAAGUUCCUGACAGCGGCUGCAGAUGGGAGCACUUGCUCCGCCAGGUGGAUGAGAGGGUUAAACCUACGGAGACCGUUCGCUGCCACUUCCUAGAACUGCACGGGCUUGUGGACAUUUCCGUUUCCGGUGCUGAAUCACUGGGUCCAGAGUGUCUCCAGCUGUGGUUGUGCUUGUGAGCCCAGUGGUUGGUAUCUAGGAAACGGUACGUUCUUACCGCUAUGGAGUCGGUGGCUCCAGAAACGGCAAGGGAGGACUCCGACGGGGCCGAGUAGCGGGGAACCAACCGGUCGUCAGGAUCCCAGGGAGUCCCGAGGUCCGCCUUCGAUUGCGGAGUUGUUCCACCCAAGCGGCCCUUCCUGGUGUGGCCGGGGCAGCCGGCCGCCCGGGAAAUGAUGAUGGGCCUGCAGUACCUACGUAGGUCAGUCUCUGGCCCUGGGGAGGAAGAAGCCCCUGCCAAGACCAACUAUCCUGCAGUCCCCAGAGCCUUCGAGCGCCAGGAGUGUGGACUGUCCGCAGCCUACCUCCCUAACCUCAUUCACCACCAAAGCAGCCAUGGGGGCGACAAGCCCUACUGCUGCCCGGAGUGUAGCAAAAGCUUCCGACGUGGCUCAGAUCUGGUUAAGCACCACCGGGUACACACUGGAGAGAAACCGUACCCCUGUCCUGAGUGUGGCCGUUGCUUCAGCCUGAGCUCCAACCUCAUCCAACACCGUCGCUCCCACUCAGGCUUCCGGACCCACAAAUGUCUGGAGUGCGGGGAGGCUUUUGGCCGCAGCUCGGACCUGGUUAAACACCAGCGGGUGCACACGGGUGAGAAGCCUUACACCUGCGCUGAGUGUGGUAAGACUUUCAGCCUGAGCUCCAACCUGGCGCAGCAUCAGCGCUCACACACGGGCCAGAAGCCCUACCGCUGUGCCUGGUGUGGUGACAGCUUUGGGCGCAGCUCUUCUCUGCUCAAGCACCAGCGAUCACACACUGGGGAGAAGCCCUACAGUUGCUGUGAGCGUGGCGAGAACUUCACCAACAUCUCAGACUGCAUACGGCACCAGCGCACCCAUAGUGGAGAGCGGCCCUUCAAGUGUCCUAAGUGUGGUCGUGGUUUCAGUGAGCGCACCCAGUUCACCAAUCACCAGCGCGUUCACAUGGGUGAACGACCCAAUGCCUGCCCAGAAUGUGGCAAAUCCUUCUCCCACAGCGCCAAGCUCCUUAAACACCAACGCUCGCACACAGGCGAGAAGCCCUAUAAGUGCCCCAGCUGCAGCAAGAGUUUUGGAGACAGUUCACAUCUGCUGCGGCACCAACACCCUCACACGGGCCAGAAGCCUUAUGCUUGCGGCGAGUGUGGCAAGAGCUUCCGCCGGAGCGCCCACCUGCUCAUCCACCAGGUGGCGCACAGCGGUGAGAAGCCCUACGUCUGCCUGCAGCGUGGCAAGGCCUUCGCCCGCAGCUCCAACCUGGGCCAGCACCAGCGGACGCUCCAGGGGCACAGCCCCUGCCAGUAUCCCUGGCUUAAGUUGCAGCCCAGACUUCAGCUCUGACUUUGGUCCAGGCUCAAGGAGCCUGAGGGGCCCAGCAUUUCUCAGUAAACCUCACUCUGCUCCUCUAGGGCUGCUGAUUAGUGGGCUGAAUCAGGGAACCCCAGGCUGGAGGAAUCGGAACAGAAAAGUGGGCUUAGGCCUGUUCUCUGAGGCCCUGGAGAUGGGAUUCCAGCUGGAGGGAGAGUUUGGGGAUGGCAAGAGCUGGCCCAGCUGCUUUAAGAUGCAGAACACCUUUGGCGGCCUAGGUGUGUCCCUUCACAGGCCUAGGGAGUGAUGGGGCUAAUCACACCAAGAGCAACAGUUACCUCAGCCCAGAGGAAUGGGGCUCAACGCCAGGCAAGCCCCCGUGAGGAAUGCAGUAGGGGAAGAGGGGGUCGGGGAGGUCCUCACCUCCAGAGGGGACCAUAAGGCCGGCUGUUUUCUAGCACAAGGAUCAGAGUUUGAAUUUGGGACCAUUAGGUGAGCUCUGGGGUGUGUGACCCCUUUGAAAGAGAGCUGUCUUUACAGGGGGAAGCUGGUGGGGCCCAGGGCCAAAGCAAAGGACCGGGAGGCCUGUCUGUUGAGUUCGGGGGGUGCCCGGUGACAUUUCUAGGCAAGGGCAGAAGGCCCGAGGUUGGUUGUCUGCCCCUACCUCUUCUUUAGCCUUUUCCCUUGCAGGUUUCCCAGGCUUUUUCUCUGAUCCCUCAACAGAGGAGAAAAUGUGAAGAUUCACUUGUGCCCGGACACCGGGGACUAGACAUGGUCGUUUUGCCAGGGCGCUGGGGCGGGCUGCCUCCGUAAACGAAUGUAUUUCUAUUGGUAAAACUUAGAGUAUAUGGGAGCCAGAGGGAGGCUUCCCGAAGCACUGCACAAUGUGUGCCCAGAGCAGAGUCUAAGCUGUGAGGCCCUGCUCUCCCCCCCGUAGCUGGCUGUGUUCCUGGGAGAGGCACAGAAUGUAGCCCUUAUGAGGUUGGGGGGGGCCUAAUGCCCACCCCAUGGGACCAUGAGCCUCAUGCAUCUGGUGCCCUGUCCCCAGAUCUUGUCUCUCACCAGGUUUGGUGCAUCUAGAACCGUAUCCACGGGGAAGAGGGGCCAAAGGGGAAGGAUGUGAGGUAACUCCUCCCUCAGCUUCUAGCACAGAGUGUCCAGGCUUCUCUCUUUGUGACUGCGUGACCUUGGACAGGUCUGCCUCUUCUGAGCUUCAGUCUCUUCAUCUGUAAAACAGGGAUGAUGAAAGGACUCGGCAAGGAAAGGACUCAGCAGUCCUCAGUUCCCUGCUCUUCCUCAAGUCUGUCACCCUGUCACCGGUGGUGUUGGCCUACAGACAUCACGCCAGCGCGCUUCCUAGCUUCUCCCAAAGGUUACAGAAAUGAGUGAGGCAGCCCCAGUCCUGGAGUAGUUUGGUGUCGUGAAGGAGAUGGACUCAGGCUCGAUGCUGGCACUGGAGAAAGGGCAUCACCUGGAGUAAGUCUAAGAGGCUUCAUGAAGGUGACAUCUAAUGGAUGCCACUUGUCUCCUGAAGCUGGGUCUGUGAUGAACAGAUGGGUUCUGGCAUAUUCCCCAUCAAUGGCAUCUCAAAAUAGCACAAGCCAGUGGCUGAGUUGGAGGCCUGAGCCAGGUGCAUCCGUAGUAGGCAUUCAAUAAAUAGUUGUUAUGAUCAGGUCCUGUUUACUCUUACUAGUGACCUUGGGGCCUCAGCUUCCUCAAAGCUGGAUUGCGUUCUCUGCAAAAUUGUAACUGCAGGUGGACGUUAGGUACAUGGCAGAGGAGGGCAUGGGAGGAGGAUUUGUUUGCAAAAUCCCUUUCAGUCAACUGGAAGCUAAUUUCUCACAUUAAGGUAAAUAGCCAUGUGCCCCAUCUCCUCUCAGUUGUAGAGACAGGUCCUGCCCAGAGCAGGGAGGCAGGCCAGUCCUUGGAAACAGGAAGGAUGGGCUUAAUCCAACAGGGGUUUAUCCGGCAUUCACUGUGCCCUGAGCUGGGAAAGAGGCACUCUCCAAGCAUGUGGCCAGUACUUAGGCCAGAGGCAGCGGACAUGUUUGCUUUGGCCUUCACUCUGUGUGUGUGUGUGUGUGUGUGUGCGCGUGUGUUUACACUAUUGAGCCACCUUUUUUUUUUUUUUUUUGCC